GCGUGGGCGUGGGGGUGGGGGUGGAAUGGAGUGAGGGUGCGACCAAGGCCCUAACAUUGGGUGCGCUCUUUUUCAACCGUUCAACGGCCACUUUUGUGUGCCCCACACACAUCACCGGAACGAAACCUCUUCUCUUUUCCUUCCGAAAGCUCUCUCCGAGCGCGAGAUACCUCUUUCGCUUUCUGGGUAUGUAUGUGAUUGACUAUUAUGAGGAGUGAAUCUGCGAAGGAAGGGCUUGUUGUUGUUGUUGGGUCAAAGAUGAAGAUAAGGUUGUCUCAUAAGCAUCAAAGUAAAGCCAUCGAUCUUCAUAAUACUACUACUAGUAACAACAAUCAUGAUGAUGAUGAUGUUGAUGAUGGUGCUCAUGAUCACCAGGAAGUGAAGAAGGAAGUUGUUUCAGAGCAUAGCAUGAGAUCUGCGGAAGACAAUUUGACUCUGGCCCAGUUGUCUAACUCCACCUCUCGUACCCUCCUCCAACCCUCCACUCCCUCCCCUCUCUCCACGGGUAAGCGAAAGAAGAAGCCCAAGGAGCUGAACGAUGACUUUUUUUAUGUUCUGGUCCAGAAGAAGAUGAUGAUGAAGAACAAGGCUUCUGUCUCCAAACCAAACCCUGUUGUAGUUGGUCAUGCAAGGAAGUCCAUGAGCUGUAAGCGACGAAAGACUGCGACUUAUGGCUUACAUAGUCCUGUCCAAGUUAAGACACCUACAAUGAUUCGAGCAGAGGAGGUCCAGUCGAGUUUGGGAUCUGAAUUUCCUAGCUUUACAAAAUUAUUGGUUAGAUCACAUGUUGCCAGUUGUUUUUGGAUGGGGCUUCCUGUUCCUUUCUGCAAAUUGCACCUACCAAGAAAUGAUACUACAUUUACUUUGGAAGAUGAAAGCGGGGAACAAUUUGAACUGAAAUUCAUUGCAGAAAAGCCAGGACUUAGUGCAGGGUGGAGAAAGUUUGCAGUUGGACACAAAUUGCUUGAGGGAGAUGUUUUAAUCUUUCAGUUAGUUGAAUCCAACAAAUUUAAGGUGUACAUAGUAAGGGCCAAUGAUUUGACUGAGGUUGAUGGUGCCCUUAGCCUUCUAAAUCUGGAUGCUCUUACAAAACAAAAUGAUUCAGGAAAAGAUGAUUCAGCGAACGGAGGAAUAGCCCUAAAUAACAAGAAGAGGAAGCGUACAAAGUCUCUUCCAUUAGCCCUAGUCCAAAAGAAGAACAAGAAGACAACUGUUCGGAAAUCAGUUCCAAAACCCAUACAACCUGUGGAGCAAUUUGAAAAUGACAGUGAAGAUGUUGGUUCAGAAGUUCUUGUAGGUCCCAAAUCCUCUGGUUCUGCUACUCAGUUCAGAGACAUCAAAAGCUUCGAUGACUUCACCAUUCUGUUUGAUGGCUUCUGCAUAGAUUCCGAGCUUCCAGAACAUACACGGGUCAACUACUAUGAGCUCUGCCGCAGCAAAAACACAUUUAUUCAUGCUCGCCUUAUCCAGGGCCUUAACUGUAAGUUGGUUGCCGGUAUUAUUUGUGAAACUGUCAACAUAGCCAACGACAUACGAGCGUGCAAGCUCACGACUUCGCGGGAUGAAUUUGCAAUUUGGGAGAAGACCUUGAAAUCUUUUGAGCUUAUGGGGAUGGAUGUUGGGUUUUUACGUGCUCGUGUGUGCCACCUUCUUAGCAUGGCCUUUGAAUCAGAAGGUGCCCUCGACACUAGGCAGUACAUGGAGGCAGAAACUGAAAGGGAUAGAGCAGAAUAUGAGAUAAGAAAUCUUGAAGCUAAGCUUGUUGAAUUGAAAGCGGCUUCUGAAAAGCUUGGCGUUGAUGUCAAGGCUUUGAAAUCGAAGGCGGAGAGCUAUGAACACAAGUUCCAGAAAGAGGUUGAUGCUCCAUGGUGAACAGUUUUAUUUACAUUGCUUGUGAGUGCUUGCUCUUCUCUAUUUUUUUGUCUCACUUAUUCGAGUAAGGCGUUACGGAUUCCUGACAAAAUCAUCGUGAUGGAUGGAAUACCUUUUCCACCUGGCAAUGAGAGCCCACCUGAUGAAUUUUGAUUCAUUUUGGGACUCAAUUUCACAAUUUGUUUGUUAUGUGAUGUUGUGUGUUCAUCAUGUGAGUGUGUCUCUGCCCAGGAAUUAUGAUGGUUUCGAUGGGUUCUAUUGAAUUUGAACAACCAAGCUACAGCAAAAGCUAAUACUGGGAAUCAUUAUUAUUACUAGUACUGGUCCCGUGUCAGGUGGAUCUGUGAUCUGUUUAGAAUAUCAUCCCACCAUUGAACUGGAUUGCAUUCUUGAUUGUUGAUCUU